CACUCUUCUGAUCUAAAGCGAAGGAAAACUGGUCUGUGUGGGUUGCAUAUGAAUGCGUCAGCCAUGAGUGGAUGCCCUUACUUCCAGAGAAAACACCUGCUGGCGAGCAAAAAGCAAGUGAAGGAGGAUGAUGUAGACGCUGCUCAAAGUGGGGUCAACAAGGCCAGCAAAGGUGGCAUCAUCUAUGGAGACUACUUGCAGCUGGAUAAGAUUGUCUCCUCUCAGCUGCUUCAGAGUGAACUGAAGGGAAACAAGAUUCAUGAUGAACACCUGUUUAUCGUCACACAUCAAGCGUAUGAGCUGUGGUUUAAACAGAUACUGUGGGAGCUGGACUCAGUCAGAGAGAUCUUCAUAAGUGGACAUGUCCGUGAUGAGCGUAACAUGCUGAAAGUGAACACUCGUAUCCACAGGAUCGUGAUGAUCUUUAGGCUGCUGGUGGAUCAGUUCGCUGUUCUGGAGACCAUGACUGCUUUAGACUUCUUUGACUUCAGGGAGUAUCUGGCUCCUGCCUCGGGUUUUCAGAGUCUGCAGUUCCGGCUGUUGGAGAAUAAAAUCGGUGUUCCAGAUAAUCAGAGAGUUCCGUAUAACAGACGCCACUACAGGGACAACUUCCGUGGGCAGGAAAUUGAGCUGCUGCUGCAGUCAGAGAAGGAGCCCACACUGCUGCAGCUUGUGGAGAAAUGGCUGGAGAGGACGCCGGGCCUGGAGGAGGACAGCUUCAACUUCUGGGGGAAGCUUGAGUCGAACAUUUUCGAAGGGCUCAAGAGAGAGAAGGACAAAAUAGAGCAAACGCCAGACUCUGAGAUGAAAGAGGAGCUGAUGGCAGAUUUUAUCAAGCAGAAGGAGCUUUUCAUGUGCCUCUUUGAUGAGAAAAGGCACGAUCAUCUACUGAGCAAAGGCGAGAGAAGGCUGUCCUAUAAAGCGCUGCAGGGGGCCUUAAUGAUCUACUUCUACAGGGAAGAGCCACGAUUCCAGGUUCCAUUCCAGCUCCUGACGUCUCUGAUGGACAUUGACACGCUCAUGACAAAAUGGAGAUAUAAUCACGUGUGCAUGGUGCACAGGAUGAUCGGCAGUAAAGCAGGAACAGGAGGCUCGUCAGGUUAUCAGUACCUGCGCUCCACCGUCAGCGACCGUUAUAAAGUGUUUGUGGAUCUGUUUAAUCUGGCUACAUUCCUGGUGCCGAGAGACUGGGUACCAAAACUAAACCCCAACGAACACACCUUCCUCUACACGGCUGAGUGCUGUGACAGCUCCUACUGCAGCAGCGAGGACUCUGACUAAAGAGAGAGAGAGGGGGAG